CCUUAUGAAUUAUUUGACUUCCUAGCUUGCUAACAGGAUUCAGUACUUGCUGUAUUAUUACAGUGUACUACCUGUGUAUACGAUAAUAUAUGUCUCCGCUGCUUCAAACACAGUUCAGCUCGUGGUGUAUAGGCUACUUUCUGAAAGUAGCAACUUGUUUAUGAUUUGUACAGGUCAGGUUAUUAGAUCUCAAAUAUUUGGCAGUUUACGCCCCCUAAAUCGAUUAUAAAAUGGACACAUUAAUGCGCUUGGAGUUAAUCCUAACUUAAUUCAGAUUUACAAAUAUACACGUCAAAGAUAUAUAAGUAAUUUACUUUAUGUGUUCACUUUGUAAACUAGUGUCAUCUAUAACAUAUACAUUAUUUAUUAAAACUUGCAGUGUCUAUCGUGAAACAUAAAGCAAACACACAGCAUGUCUCUGUUUUCUAUCUCCGCUUUCAUUCUGGACUCCAUAGCUUAAUUUAAUAAGUGUUAAAGAGUAUGUCAACAUUUUAUGAAAGCACACCAGGCAUUAUCACAAUACAAUACAAACCAUUGUUCCAUUACAGAUCAUAUAUCUGCUGCAAGAUCUGCUUGUCAACAUUGUAGUCGGGAUAUCCUGACGUUUCCUGACGUUAUCCUGUAGUUUUAUGGUUUGUGGAUGAUGGAGAAAUUCUUAACUCGUCAUUCAAAUUACUUGGAAGCGCACCUCAAGAUAAAAUAUAGCAUCAUGCUUGGUUCAUAUGAAGCGUUACCUGGUUGGCCAAAUGUGCUCUGCAGAGCCUUGUGGAGGGUUUCAUGACUGUAAUCAAUAGAUCUCAACAGGCUACUAUGAGAUAUCAAUUUAUGUUGUUAGCAUUUCAUGCAAUAUUGCUCUCUACCACUUUGGGGCGCCAUUGGAUCGUAGCCAAUGUAGACACCUAUUUUAUAACCUAUUUGUAACGUUUGUUAUACUUCAUAGCCAUUCAAAUACAGACGCAGACUCCCAUAUAUAGAGAAAUAUUCUUACUUUGUUAUGUUAAACACACUGCUUGUAAGGCUUUUUUCACAUGAAUGUGGGGGAGAAAAAAACCUUAGUUUUGGUGUAUCAUCAGUUUGACUUCACUUUGUUAAGAUAACUAGCUUAGCUGUAGCUGUUCCGAGUCAUGUUAUUUUUUAAAACACGUAUUUGAUGAGAGCACACUUGCCUAUGUUUUCCUUUGUCCAGCACUGGCAAGAACUAAACCAUGGGAUCCUGGUGCUUUUGAGUUUAUUUCCAGUGUUUUCUCCGGUUGGAAAGUUAGAACGUCUUCAGUUACCUCCCUGUUCAUCAUCUUCAGUGUGCAAAGCCAAAUUCCAUAGAGAAAAUAAACUGGUGCUGGGCUUCCUGGUCAAUGGCCAGACUGUCCAGAGAGCUACCUGUGCUUGCUGUUCUCUGCCGGUUCCCGAGAGAAGGCCCAUGAAAUGUUAAUGCACCUCUCCGUUACCACCAGCAGCCACCAGAAACGAAAAACUGCUGAAUAAUGUAUUGGGACUGCGUGGUGUACCGGUCCACAAUAUGAGAUCAUUUAUCAAAGAUUGUGUGGACAUUUUAAAGGGAAAAAAUCCCUAAUAGGCCACUGAAAAUAAAUACAAAUACAAUUGUUCAGAUUGAGUGAAGUCCACAUUAUGAGCCCAUAUGUAUCUUGUCGGAUGUGUUUCUGUUUUUGCAGUCAAUGCAAGUUAAACUUGUGCAAAUAUUGACCACCAGUGUAAUCACAGGAAGUAAGUGGUUGGCCCUUUCCUGUUCUGGAUUCUCUUUAGAGUCAGAGGUGCUCCUCUCUGAGUGUGUGCAUUUGUGCAUGUGUAGAAGCCGCACACACACACAAAGCAAUACAACCAAUUUCAUAUAGCUUUUGAACCCCCCCCCGCCCCUCGUCCUCCCCAGUUAGCAACCGUUGCUAAGGCUGCUAGUGACUUGAGACAACAGGUGACAGACGUAGUGUGGCUGACGGGAGGGGAGGAAUGCGUCCACCCACAACGUCUCUCGCAUCAACUCUGCGUCCCGUUAAGUAGCCACAUCAGUCAGAUCACAUGGAUUACGAGCCCGGCAUCGUGUCGCCGUUCAAGCGCGUGUUCCUAAAGGGAGAGCGUGGCCGGGACAAGAAGACCUCGGAGAAGACCACCGAGAGGCGGGCCCUCCACACCUUCUCCCUGUCCCAGCCCGACCACCGCAUCGACCCUGACAUCCUACUCAACGACUACAUCGAGAAGGAGGUCAAAUACCUGGGCCAGCUGACGUCUGUGCCAGGCUACCUCAACCCCUCCAGUCGGACCGAGGUCCUGCAGCUCAUCGACAAUGCAAGGAAGACGAACCAGCUGGCAGGCCAGCUGACGCCGGAGCUGGACGCGGUGGUGAGUCUCUCCGCCUACAACAUCAAGCUGGUGUGGAGGGACGGAGAGGACAUCAUCCUCAGGGUGCCCAUCCACGACAUCGCCGCCGUCUCCUACAUCCGGGACGACUCGUUGCACCUGGUGGUGCUCAAGACGGCCCAGGAGUCCGGGGGUUCUCCGUGCCCCAGCUCCUGUCCGGACCUCAACAAGUCCCAGACGCUGGGCUCCCUGUCGGAGAGCGGCGCGGGGCUGGUGGAGGUGUGCUGCCUGCUGGUGCUGGCCGUGGAGAACAAGGCGACGGCGGAGGAGCUGUGUCUGCUGCUCAGCCAGGUGUUCCAGAUCGUCUACACAGAGUCCACCAUCGACUUUCUGGACCGGGCCAUAUUCGACGGCGCCACCACACCCACCAGGCACCUGUCCCUGUACAGCGACUCCUCGAGCAAGGUGGACGCAAAAGAGGCCUUCGAAGCUGAGGCCAGCACAUUUUCCUUCGAGGGCUCCCUGGAGGCGGCCGACAGCUCCCCCUCCACGCCCGCCUCCCCCCAGACCAAGGCGGCCAGCGAGGGGGAGCUGAGCACCACCGCGGCGGAGCUGCUCCAGGACUACAUGACCACGUUACGCACCAAGCUGUCGUCUCAGGAGAUCCAGCAGUUCGCCACGCUGCUCCACGAGUACCGCAACGGAGCCUCCAUCCACGAGUUCUGCAUAAACCUGAGACAGCUCUACGGGGACAGCAGGAAGUUCCUCCUCCUGGGCCUGCGUCCCUUCAUCCCCGAGAAGGACAGCCAGCACUUUGAGAACUUCCUGGAGACCAUCGGCGUGAAGGACGGCCGCGGCAUCAUCACCGACAGCUUCGGCCGCUACCGCCGCACCGCGAGCUCCGCCUCCGACUCCACCGCCAACGGGGCCGGGACGGUGGGCGGGGACAGCACCCACAGCGGGGGGGGCGGCGACGCCCCAGCCCCCUCGGAGGGCGACGAGUGGGACCGCAUGAUCACCGACAUCAGCAACGACAUCGAGGCGUUGGGCGUCAGCAUGGACCAGGACGGCGGGGUCUCGCCCUGACACGCCCCCCCCCCCCAUGGGACCCGUGGGUGCCAACCCACAGACCCUCAUCCCUGGAACAGUGGAUCGAGGAACCAUAACAACAACAACGGCGCUAAACGAGAGGCACUGACAUUUGAUGACACUUUCAUAAUGUUGUUUUUUUUUGCCCCCCAACUUUGAAGGAGACAAGUCUGUGAAACUUUAAUGGUAUCUUAACCCUUACGGCCCUACAGGGCAGCUCCCGGUUAUUCUGACGUGCUACCAGGUGGUCUCUUUGCACCUGGUAGCACAAGCUAGGCGUCUAUUGUUGUAAGCUCUUCGUUCGACAACAUUUCAACCAGAUGUCGAUGAGUCCUCUACUCACUAAUUGCUGUAUUUCUAAAGAUACCCAUAGCCUAUGACGUUUAACAGAUUAUUUUGUUGUAUCUAUUGUUUAUAAAGCUUUAUUGGCAGUAUCUGCCUCUCGUGUAGACAAUGUAGCGAUUUACCCCAGCGGUUUUUGAGGGUUUAUGAUUAUAAUAAUCAAUAUCCCCUCUAUAGACUCUGGAGUAUUAAAGAAUCAAUAUCCAAAGGGCGAUGUACAAGCUGUGGAAUAUUAUAGACUGUUAUUGGAUGCUUUUUGUUCUUUAUCCACGUCCUCUACCCUUUAACCCCAGCCCCUCUCCCUCCAUGUGUUCUUCUAUUAACUUUUUGUUUAUUCUUUGCUUAUAUGGUUCAUAUAUAUUUAAUAUUUUAGUCAUUUCUUUAAUACGUGUAUUGUCAAUGUGUAAUCUAAUAGACAACGUCUAAUAGUCCUUUUCACGGUGCCUUUUCACGGUGCUCUGUGAAAAGGACUAUUCGUUUGCCAACAAAGGAAAUGCCAUUUGGGUGAGGAGGACCAGAACUGACAAAGCCAGAGAGCCAAUGAUGGACAGGGUUCGAUGUUUAGUCUCUCUCUUCAGUUUAAAUCAGUAACGAAGUGUCGUGUGAUAUUCCCAUAUAGCGGUCAUGGUGCCUUUCACUCUGCAGUACUGUUGCCAAGCUGGCGAUAUGAGCUGUGUCUGUACAGCAGACCCGUCAUGGAUAUUAAAUAACAAUUACUUCA